CGGCGACGCCAUCGAGCGCAGCGGCUCCUUCCUCGGCGAGAAGGCCGCGUCUGAGAGCGACGAGAAGGUAUCCUACGGUAAAGGCGACGUUGAGGCUGUCGCUGAAGUGGACCCCGAGGCCGACGAUGAUACGGUCCUUAAUGACGAGCGCGACAUUGUCACACACGUUAUCACAAUUGACGACGACCCUUCUCUCAACCCAUGGACAUUCCGCUCCAUGUUCAUCGGUCUCGGUCUUUCUUGCUUUGGUGGUGUAUUAGCUCAGAUCUACUACUUUAAGCCUCAAACCAUUCUAGUGUCCCUGAUGUUCUUAGGGGUCAUUUCUUAUGUCAUCGGUUUGUUCAUGGAGACCUUUAUUCCUCGUCAGGGAAUGUUCCGCUUCCUCAACCCUGGGCCCUUCAAUAAGAAGGAGAACGCAUUUGCCGUCAUCAUGGCUAGCGCUGCUGCCAAUUCUGCACUGGCCACUGAAGUCCUUGCGGUUCAGCGCCUUUACUACAACAUCACGCCCAACGCCGGUGCUUCCAUCUUCUUGCUUUUUUCUAGUCAACUCCUUGGAUAUGGCCUCGGAGGCUUGAUGAGACCAAUUCUUCUGUACCCGUCCAAGAUGUUGUACCCUGGUGUCUUGCCCCUACUCUCCAUGUUCGACGCCCUCUUUGAGGGUGGUAAGGCGGCUCGCAAGAAGCUCAAGGUGUUUUACGUGGUUUUCGCAUUCAUUUUUAUUUGGGAGCUAUUCCCAGAAUGGAUGUUCCCUCUUAUAACUGGGUUCUCGAUUAUCUGUCUUGCGGCCCCGAACAGCGCUGCUGUAUCCCGCCUUUUCGGUGGCACGAACGGCAAUGAAGGUCUCGGGAUUCUGUCGCUCUGCCUCGAUUGGCAAUAUGUUUCUGGGGGCACAAACCCAAUGACUAUUCCCCUAAAGGCCCAAUUCUCCAACUUCAUUGGCUACAUUUUAUGCGUCGCGGUUUUCACCGGCGUAUUCUAUAUGAACAUUUGGAAGGCGCAGAAUUUCCCUUUCCUUUCUCAAUUGCUAUUUUACGAAAACGGCACGCAGUACAACCAAACACUCAUCUUGAACUCGAACUAUGAGGUUGACCCGACUCUUCUCGCCGAACAGGGGCUGCCUUGGUACUCCACCACCUGGGUGGUUAAUCUACUGACCACCAACCUCGGCCUUGCUGCUACCUUCACCCACCUGCUACUUUGGAAUUUCGAUGACCUCCGGUCUGCCUGGAGCUGGGCUACACCCUCGGCCAUCAAGCAUUGGUGGGCUCAUGUCAAUUGGAAGUUCUGGCAAAAUGAUGGCAAGCGAGAGUUCACGACUGAAGAGAUCGCCAAUCUCGACCCUCACUACCGGGAGAUGCUCAAGUAUCCGGAUGCUCCCAAUAGCUGGUACUUUGUCACCCUGAUCUGUUCCGUCGUCAUCUCGCUCGUUGUCAUUUACGAGACCAAUUCGACUCUUCCCUGGUGGUCAUAUGUCGUUUCCGUGCUGCUUGCUACCAUCUCUAUCCUGUUCUUCGGUGCACUAUACGCUAUCACUGGCCUUCAGUUCAUCAUCCAGCCGUUUGUCCAGAUGAUCGGUGGAUUCUUGAAUCCCGGUAAACCCAUGGCCAACAUGUACUUCGUGCUCUACAGCUACAAUUCCGUGUCCCAGGCCCAACUGCUGCUUAGGGACCUGAAGAUUGCUCAAUAUGCUAAGCUCCCCCCUCGGGCCGCAUUCACUGCUCAAAUCAUUGGCACCUUGCUCGGUGCUGUUCUCAACUUCAUUUUGAUGAACUCAAUCAUCAAAAACCAGUUCGAGAUUCUGCUAUCUGUGCAAGGAACAAACAUCUGGUCAGGUCAGCAGCCUCAACAGUACAACUCCCAGGCAAUUGCCUGGGGUGGCCUGAGCCAUCAACUCUUCGCCGUUGGUCAGCGUUACCAAUGGGUUCCAUGGGCAUACGUGGUGGGCUUGGUUGUUCCGGUGCCGUUCUGGUUGGUCCACCGCUACUUCCCAAAGCUGAGAGCGGACUACUUGUAUACGCCAGUCAUCUGCUACUACAUUAGUUGGCUAUGUGUGGGAAUCAACUCGUCCAUCUUGUCGUACUUCCUAGUUGCAUUUGUCUCACAAUGGUGGCUUCGUACGCGGUACCCCCGGUGGUUCGCCAAGUACAAUUACAUCGUCGGUGCUGCCCUCGAUGGUGGUACGCAAGUCAUGGUUUUCAUAUUGUCAUUCGCGGUGCAAGGCGCUGCGGGCACGUCCCACCUGUUCCCACAAUGGUGGGGUGCUAACCAGAACGGAAACUACGAUCAUUGCAUGCUGCUCAACACUGGUGACUGAGAUGUUGGCUUCUUCUACAGUUAUAUCUGAGGGCUGUACUAUACACCAAUCGACCGACUCCUGUUCGUAAUAAAAGACCUAUUAACAUUCACUCUAUAUCUCAACCUCC